AUUGCUGCUGUUCUGUCUCGACGAAAUUGCAGCAAAUCCCUGCGCCAGUCAUCUCAAGGUGUCGGAGCCUGAGGUGUAACCCGGUUCAUCUCAACACCAUACGCAGUGUGAAAGUAGGUGGGGAUAAAGGUAAGAGAUCAGAGGCCGAUAACUUCAUCUGCUGAAAUCUAUUACCAAGUGAGUCUACCACGAAGAUCACAGACAGCCAUUCGGCAUUACUGAGUCUGCCACAAGGAUCACAGACAACCAUUCAGACAGUGUAUUUCAUUAAAUAAUAUUAUAUGCAGAUUAUUGAUGACCUUUCAUCUCCUUGCCAAGCAGUUGCUAUUCUGUAACAGAAGCGCUUUGAUUCUACAGACACGCUGUCCUAAGCAGUUCCUGUUCCAUAAAUCAUGGAGCCUCCUGCAUUCCAUAUGACCUUACCUUUGUAUCAAAAUAACAUAAAAGGGUCACGAGAAACAGCCAUUCCACCCAUCUGGGCUUAUCUUGACUGAGCAGAGUAUUCAUUUUUAUCUUCUCGCAUCUUCUGUUUGUAUCAUUAUUUCUCUCAUUGUCAGACAGAUAAUGAAACUUGAGGCUUAUUUAUUUAUUAUUUUUGUGCCUCAAUUCAGACAAUAUGGAAUUUGUUACAUUUUCCAGAUAACACAGGCAAACCAACAUCGGAGUGGAACUAACAGGUUUUAAGUAGCUGAAAGAUGUUUUUUUCUCCCCGUAUAUAUUCUAAAACUAAUACACAUAUUUUUCUGUCCACUUACCUGGAACCUGAAAAAAAAUGAGUUCUGUAUUACUGAAUCUGUAUUCAUGAGCUCCAGAAUGGGGCCACACAAAGCAAGAGGCCUCGCCAUUUGGUGCUACGUUGAAUAAACACCCAGGUGGUGCUUUCGCCAUUUAGCCAGCGCCCCAUGCUGAUCCUGUUUACAUGGCCUGGGUAGAUUCUGUUUCAAGUAGAGGUGCUAAACACCUUCACCCUGAGAUAAAAGAUGAUUAAUGCUCUCUGCUCCCUUUGAGGGAGCACAACUUAAGGCACCCAAAGCUGCUUAAGCAGUUAAUUAGGCGGAGGUUAGCACACAUCUCUGCGGAGAUCUUCCAGCAGAAACAGGAGGGUUGCCGACCGAGGUGAAAACUUGAUACCCUGAAGACUGCCUUUGAUGUGGGCCCCCACCUUAAAUACCAUCCUGCAGGCACUCCUCCGGGGAAAUUUGAUUAGUUCUGUCUUUUAGUCCACAAACACUUUGGAGCAUCAAAAGUGUGCUGCAUGAGUUGUGCUGGGGCCUGCUUAUAAAUAUCUCACUGAAAGGCUCGAGAAGAGCACUCUGGAUCUUGGUAGAGCCCAGCAAGGAAGUUACAUAGGGACCGUUGCAAUGGAUGCACUGAAGACAUGUCUGUUCCUCGUUGUGUUUGCCCUCCAUCCAGUCUCGACAGCCAUGUUGGUCAAGGGUGCAGAACACAGAAACCUUUUCUCUGAAAGAAGCUGCUGCAAGAGACAAGGCCACUUCAUUUAUGUUGGGCAAGAUAUCUCCGGUAGCCCGGUCAGUGUGGACGUUGGUUUGUGCAGGUCCACCUGUGGGGGUGUUCAAAGGGCCCCCAAUUCACAUGGACCAGGAUUACCCGGAUAUUCCAAACACUCGUCCAUGCUGGACUACCUCAGGAGCAAAAAGGUGCGCGGCCGUACUACUCCUGACGCCGCAGGUGAAGUGUCCUCCUGCGGCAGAAGCUCUAUCUGUGAGCCGGCCGGGAUUCGUGUGGAGCGAGUGCUUCUGAUGGAAGGGCUACGAGAAGUAGAGGUCAUUGAUGAGUGUCACUGCGAGCUCAAACUGGAACAGUGCGUUCGUAUGCCCGCCUUGAAGACCUACUUAUUUGAGACACCUUACGAGACUGUCGUUGACGUGGGAAAGUGCUCCAGUUCGACUGAGUUUCCAGAGGGUUUCUCCUGUGUCCCCGUUAAAUUUGACUCAGCCCUGGUGGAGACUCCUGAUAAACUUGACCUCAUCAGGACACUGAGUGCCUGUGAGCUGAGAGAAAGCUGCUACAGGGUUCCAUACAUUGAGUAUCAUUAUGAAGUUGUCCACAGCUCUAAUGGAGUAAAAGAAGAGAAGAUUAAGGAAAUUGACAUUGGCAGAUGUUUAGGAAGCUGUGCCGCAGGAAAUCGAUGCCUUCUCAGGAGCACAACUAAUCCAGAACAAUGCCUGAUGUGGGAGAAGGCGACAUCCAGCUCCUGUGUUCCUCUGGGGUACCAGAACCAUGUGUUCAGAAGCCGACAAGGACACAUCCGCAACAUCCUGGCCAUUUCUUCCUGCCAAUGCCAGCAGUGAAAACAGCGCCCUCUACUGGAGUACUCCAUACACGUCCACUCACAGAAGAGAACUCUCAGCCAAAUAAAGGCAAAGGAAUCUUCACUGAAAAAUUGCAUUCCUGACAUUAUCUCACUGUAGCUAGGUGUACAACCUGAAAUGACUGAAAAUCACUUUGCAUUUCCUGGAGGGAAAAUACUUUAAGGGCUAAAACCCGAAAGACCUGAAAGGUUCUAGAAGUUUCUUUAUAUAUUAGACAAAUGCACAAAUGAAAAGGCACAGAAGUGGUGCAGUUAUAUGUUUUGUUUCAAGAUUUUUCUAGGUCUUCAAGUUUUAU